AUGGAUAUUGACAUGAGCCGCCGCAACAAGAGGCCUCGUCCCCUCUCCGACGACGAGCGAUCGCGUCUUGAAGAAUACAUUGACUCCAUCCACUACUCGGCCAGAUACAAGGACAGCGAAUAUGAAUACCGUCACGUGCAGCUUCCCAAGCCCAUGCUAAAGGCGAUCCCGGAGGACUACCAAGAUGCCUCAAAAGGAACAUUGAAGCUGCUGUGGGAGGAAGAGUGGCGCGCGCUAGGCAUCACACAGAGCUUGGGAUGGGAACACUACGAGGUCCACGAACCCGAGCCGCACAUUCUCCUCUUCAAGCGCCCAAUCAAUUACCAGCCCCCGCAGUGA